AUGGCAAUACCUGUACUAUUCUCUUGGAUCCCACUAUUCAAAAGAAAAUACGAUUUAUCGAUUGAAGAAGAAGAAGAAGAAGAAGACACUGAUGAGUCUCGCCCAUCUCCUGCACUAGUUCAACUCCCGGUCCAUUUCAUAAUCGGAUCGAUCAAGGAUCAAUUGCCCAUUAUGAAAUAUGGCUCCUUGAUUGAAGAAGGUGGUUCAGGUUCACCAUCAUGUGCAGUGUGUUUGAGUUCAUUGAGUGCAAGUGAUGAGAUCAGAAAGCUCUGCAAUUGUUCUCAUAUUUUUCAUAGAGACUGCCUUGAUGGUUGGGUUGAUCAAGGCCACUUGACUUGCCCUCUGUGCAGGUCCAAUCUAUUGCCUGAUCAGAUUCAUGGGAAACUGAAGAGCAACUGCCAAGAUGAUCCAUGGAGGAGGGAGAGGAUGAUUUACUUGUUUGGAGAAGAUUUUGUUUUCAGUAACUCUUGA